CAGUCAGGCCUCUCUCCCUCUACCCCUCGUGUGUGCUGCACACAUUACCACACCAGAAGAUACACACCAUCAUCUCAUCUCAUCUCCUGCAAUUAUAUACGUGGCCAGGGCCAGCGACAUGUGAGCCGAGCCCUGCCUGGAGCAACACAGCGCUGGACGUUUUCGCUUCAGCUUGGAGGCAUCGAUCGGAGAUAAAAUCCAGGCCAUGAAAGUGGAAACAAAAGCAGCUUAAAUCCCACUGCAGCCUCGCGCGUUCCUUGCCUUGUUUGCAACAACUUCUUGCAUUGUUGCUUGGUUGCUUGCGUGCAGUGCAGCUCAUCAUAUCACUGCGUUGUCUGUGCUGUGCACCCAUCUCAGCCUCCAGGCCUUUAUAGCAAAGCCUUCUUGGCCCCGUGAUAGUUCUAGAGAGAGAAGCAGGCAGAGAGGUGACAGCAAGAGGUGUGUAGAGAGAGAGAGAGAGAGAGAGAGAGAGAGAGAGAGAGAGAGGGCGGAAGGCGUGGUGGGCAUGGAGAGUGAGGAGGGCGCCACGGUAGUGUGUGCCCACGCCCACCAAGAAGAAGCGGCGGCGGCGGCGGAGGCGGCGGCGGCCAUGAAGGAAGCAGGAGGAGGGGGAAAGAGGAGGAGGAAGCAGCAGAGGAAGCAGGGAGGGGGCGGCGGAGGGAGGAAGAAGUACGCGCUGGUGAGCUACCACGAGCUGCCGGAGUACAUGAAGGAGAACGAGUUCAUCCUCAACUACUACCGCUCCGAGUGGCCCAUCCUCAAUGCCGUGCUCAGCCUCUUCUCCUGGCACAACGAGACCAUCAACAUCUGGACGCACCUUCUUGGGUUUAUGCUGUUCUUCGGCCUCACCCUGGUGCAUCUCGGCCAGUACUUCCCCCAGGUGGCUGAUCUGAUUGGACACCUCUCCUGGCCAAUCUCAAAGGUUGCUGAAAAUGUCUCCAGCAAUAUUGGAGAUGUCCUAUCAGGCGCGGCCAUGUUCAUCCAGACGAACCCGACGCUGGUCUCCUACGGCGCGGCGGUGACGUCGCAGACGACGCGGUGGCCCUUCUUCGUGUUCCUCGCCGGCGCCAUGUUCUGCCUGCUGAGCAGCAGCGCGUGCCACCUGCUGUCGUGCCACUCGCACAGCCUGAACCUGUUCCUGAUCCGCCUCGACUACACGGGCAUCGCGGUGAUGAUCGUGGUGUCCUUCUUCCCGCCCAUCUACUACAUCUUCCAGUGCGAGCCGCACUGGCAGGUGGUGUACCUGUCGGCGAUCACGGCGGCGGGGGUGGGCACGGUGUACGCGCUCAUGUCCCCUCGCCUCAGCGCGGCGCGGUACCGCGCCCACCGCGCGCUGCUCUUCGUCGGGAUGGGCCUGUCGGGCGUGGUGCCCGCCGUGCACGCGGCCGCCGUGAACUGGCACGAGCCCGCCCGGAACGUCACGCUGGCCUACGAGGGCGCCAUGGCCGUGUCCUACCUCGUCGGCACCGCGUUCUACCUCACCCGGGUGCCCGAGCGGUGGAGGCCCGGCGCGUUCGACCUGGCGGGGCAUAGCCACCAGAUCUUCCACGCGCUCGUCAUCGCCGGCGCGCUCGCGCACUACGGCGCCGCCAUCGUGUUCCUCAAGGCCCGCGACGAGAUGGGGUGCCCGGCCAGCUAAGCGAGGAUUGGGGAGACGAAAUCAAACCAUUUUGUUUACAGCUUUACUUACAGCAGCAGCAGCAGCAAGCAAGCAAGUGUGCAAGCAUGAUUGAUCGUUAAUUACCGUUGGCCGUUGGAAUGACAGUUGAUUGGCGUUACAGAUUAUAUUCCUUCUCAAUUUGUACAUAGAAGAACUGAAGAAGCUCAUCGAGUCAUGAUUGAUUAAUGCAUUCUUUCGAUCGGUUUGGAAUUUGCAAAA